CAGCUAGUCCAAUAUAAAUACUCCGAUGUACAUUUGUCAUCAGGAAACCGAGUCCAAACGCUCGGGACAGACAUCACCGACAGAUGAAACUUGUACCUACCAGAGGAUCCACGAUCACUCUCAGGUCCCCCAAACUCCGAACCAGUCGACCUGCUGACCAGAAGCCACCGUUACCCGAGCGUUCUAUUCCUUCCAUACUUCCGACAACCACCAGCCACAACGACUACGACUACCUGGAGCUGCUGCCAGACGUGGCCUGUGUGUACCACAAGAAUCAGUUACCUGAGCAUCCUGCAACUGUCGCCAUCCAGCCUCCUCCACAAGACCGUCCGUACGCCCUGGCCAAGCACGUGGCGCCAUCUCCCGCCAGCGACAGGAAGACGAGGGCCACUGAAGGACCUGACAGGUCGCUGGAGGAAGCCACGUACUUCGACAAGAUCGACAUCAAGUCCGUGACGGAGACCAGUCCUGACGGCGGCUACACCCCCCUGGGUCUCACCCCCACCUUGGUGGCCAGGCACCAGUCGGCUGAUUCAGAAGAGGGCGAGAUUGUCAACCCUCAGUAUUUUGAACUCGAACCUUCUUGAAACUGAGAAGCUUUCUCGUAUUGUCCAUUUUUGUUAUUUUAACCUGACGGGACUCUCUAGUGCGUGCAAACUUCAGCAGGGUCAGAGCGUGCAAGUUACGUACCGGUAAUUUUGUUUUGAGGAUGUAUUCAUUAUUUUUAAUUUUGUGCUUUAUGAGUAAAAAAAAAGGUCUGAAACCAUUUGAAAUCGACUGCCAUUGUGUCUAUAUUGGUAUCAACAUCUGUGUUUUGCUCUCUCUCACACACACAAUCACUUUCGUGUGUAUUGUAGAUCCUGUUUAUCAUAUCUAUAUUUUGGGUGGUAGUAGUAGUAAGUAAUACCAAUAGCAGCAACUUGUGUAUCACAAGUCAACACGGUAUCGCUAUGAAAAACUAAAAGAGAAAAUAAAAAGUGUAUGUGUGUGGAAAAUCAAGUAAAGUUACCCCUAGAUCCUUAAACCAUUGUUUUAAUAUCAGCAGUGAUGGAUGAUGAAGCAGAUGUUUACAGAAAAAGCGGUAAAUACUUGAUUUCUGGCCUGUCCACAUGUGCCCACUGUUGACUGGGAACUGAUUUCUAAACCGUUUCGGCUUAAAAAAACAUUUCAGCAAAGUAUAGUGGUUGAGGGUAGAACAGACAUGUUUAGUGUGUGCCACCAGUCCUGACCUUAAAGGAUGACUAUAUCUGUUUCAUAUUCACAAAGCAAAUGGCAAUGAUAUACAAUGUCAAAACACAUUUUCAAAAGUUGUCCUGCUCCCUGUUAUAGUUUUGCUGGUAAAGCUGAGGGUUUGUGUGCACUCCUUUGGACUCUGCCCCUGAUGCUAACCCUCAGAACCCGAAGGUUCACAUGUUAGGCAGGAACUGGGAGGUUGACCUGUCUCCAAGUGUUGUUUUAAGUUGUGAUCAGACUGAUAAAUUGUGUCCUGUAUUAGUGUAAACCCUGUUGAGGUGAAUCUUCCUCGGUUUUUAUUUUUAAAUUUUGAGUUUAGGAUUCUAAUUGUAUUUUAUAUUCAGGAAAAUGUUUAAUAGUGUAUUGAAAUGACUGUUAGAUUUUUUAAGGUCUAUGUUUUUCUGUCCAGAUUUUUUUUUGUUUUUUUUUUAUUCCAUCUUCAAAAUCAUCGGCACAGAGAAAGAGUGUCUCGUUUUUAUGAUGGCGGAAGCUUCAGAAGCGGAACUUUUAACAAACUUUAACAAAGACCUUUUUGUGUUAUUAAGUUAUCCAUUGUCUUUGUUGAUUUUUUUCCUCCUAAUAUUAUAUUCAUUUUUAAAAAAAUUAGUCUGAGAAAAACCUGAUUAUACACAGUAGAAUGCGUAAUCAGUAUAAUCUGUUCACGUGCUUUUCAAUAUUUCCCCAAUGGUCGGCCAAACGUAUGCAACGAACAUCGGGCCAGCCACGCGUCCACCCAGCUCUGACCUCAAUCACCUGACAGUUUAUUCAAGCGUGACAAGCAAUUGUUCAAGGACUCUGUGAACAUCAGUUCAGUCCAUAAGACAACUGUGCUUUUCCAUCGUUUUUAAAGGAGACAUCUAAUUAACAGAUUUGGUAGUUAAUCCCUUGGUUUCUUUGGUUAUUCCUUCAGGCACAAACCCAAAAAAGCCUUGUGAUUGUUGUGGCUAAAUAUUCUCCUCGUGUUUGACAUUGUCCACAAAGAAUCUUUUAAAAGUAUAAUCGUCGCAGCUUUGCUACAUCUGUACAUUAUUCCACACAAAAAUCAUAUGCCAAUAAAAUCCAUGCAUAAAAUCGUGAAA